UCAGUGGAUAGUGGAGAAUCAGAAGGUAGCCAGCAAGGGCAAUUUCACGGCAAUCAUAUACUCUUGUGGUCUGUUUUCUUUCACCUUUUGUGUCUCGUCAAUUACAGUGAAAUUCAAGAUGGAAGGAAUGCUGUACAAGUGGACAAAUUACUUAGCAGGUUGGCAGCCACGUUGGUUUGUUUUAGACAAGGGUAUCUUGACGUAUUACAAAUCACAAGAUGAGAUGCAGCAGGGUUGUAAAGGAUCUGUCAAGAUGGCUUGCUGUGAAAUUCAAGUGCAUAGUACAGAUGAGUUGAGACUAGACUUAAUCAUUCCAGGAGAACAGCACUUCUAUGUCCGAGGGACAACCCCUGCUGAUCGUCAGAGAUGGCUAGUAGCCCUAGGAUCAGCUAAAGCCUGUCUUGCAGACUCUAAGAUCCAUCAAAAGAAAGAGGAAUCAGAAGACACAUUACGUACUAAGAUGUCAGAGCUGAGACUCUAUUGCGACCUUUUGACCCAGCAAGUUGCCAACGUUAAGACAGCCGGAUCUUCAGGAUCAGGUACCCCUGAUAUUGAGAAACUGAACGAGUCAUCAUCAUUACUUUCUGCUACUUGCGACACUUUCAUCAUGACAUUACAAGACUGCAUGAAGCUUGCCAAGGAAUCCUUCAUUCCAAAUAUCCACAAUAUGGAUAUCAGUAACACUGUACUGCCACCCUCAACUCCUUUCUCUGAUAAGAAGAAGUCAGGAAUGCAGAGAUCUAUAUCAGCAGAAGAUAGAUAUACUCCACAUUCAUCCAACAAGCUCGGGGUCACAACUCGUUACCGGAACCUUGAAGACAUGGCAGCUCGUUCAACUCCCCGCUCUCGCCCUAUCAGUCGAACUCCGAGCAUCAGCAGUCAGGAAGGGGUGCAGGCUGCCAUAGCAACCACCCCAAACAAUGAGAGCAAGAGAUCGCUAUCUCAGCCAACCACACCCGUGCUUGAAGAGAUACCUGUGGUAGUGAACGGAGCGAGUCCAGCAACCAGCGUGGAAGCAAGAGUACCAACAUUCUUCUCAGAGCUCUCGACCAAAUUUGUUGAUAUUCAAGUAGCACCUGAUAAUAGUAUACCUACCCAGCCAUUCCUUGAUGCUUGUACUUGUAUAGUUGGAGUAUUUGAUGCCUUGAGUCCUACUGCAUUUGCACCUGUUAAAAUGGAUGUCAAUGGGAACAUAAGGAAACUUCGUCAGAAGCAGAGUAGCGAUCCUGAGAUGUUUAUGAAUCUUCAAGGUAUGGUCCAACAAGAAGUCAGAAGUAAGACCACACAAGUCAAGAACUCAGCGACAGACGCCCUCAUGUGGCUAAGGAGAACACUGGAAUUCAUACGAGAGUUCUUAAAUGAGAUCUUGACUGGAGAGCGAGACAUGAACCUUGCAGCAACAAAUGCCUAUGGAAGAACUCUGAAGAGGUACCAUGGAUGGGUAGUACGAGGUGUAUUUGCACUUGCAGCCAAAGCCGUCCCCACCAUAGAGUACUUCCUUCAGUUCUUAGCAGUGAACAAAGAAGAUGCAGAGAGAGAUGACUUUGAGAAAAUCAUCUUUGCAGACCUGAAGGAGUGUGUAACAGCACUCACCAAACUCACAACCAUUCUCAGAGAUCAUUAUGAAGCAGGUAGUCUGGAGUCCGAUGAGAUUGUAUGAUGUGGGUUUUUUAUGUUUAAUGAAUCGUUGAUUUUGUAUGUACUUGUUGUGUUUACACUUGUGUAAAUACAGCCGACAGAUGAAUUGAAGGCUGCUAGAAAUAUUUAAAUCGUCCAGAGUUAAAAUUAUAUUUCUUUAAACAUUCAUUUGGAAUAUCAUAUUGACUUUUUCAAUUAAAUUUAUUUAUAUUUCACCUGUCCUUUUGAUUUUAGUAUUAUAAAUGUAUUUAUUAGAUGAUAUAUUUUUAACUUUUACACCUCUGUCCACUGUAUUGAGGCAUGCUUCCUGGGAGGGGGUUAUAUUUCAUACAGCUGUUGGUAUGUUAACAACAACUUUAGGAAAGACUGGUACCUAUUCUUGUUCUUAACUAAGGUUUGAUUGCCAUUAGUCUUAUAAUCUGGUAUUUGUAUAUUAAAAAUCCUGUCAAAAGCAUCUGAUUUCAAAGUUUUCUAAUUGUCACAAUCCUAUUAGAGUGGAAAUUCAGUUCAAGAAUAAUUUGUCUAGUUUUUAUUUUGUUGCUUUACAAUGAAAUACAUUUGAAACAAAUCAAUCCUAUUUAAACGUUUGUAUACAUGUAUGGUUUUCCAUGUAUAUAAAUUUCUUUACAAUACUAUGUUUUUAAUAGUAGCUUCUUUGUUUACUUUCAUUGCUAAUGUAACA